AUGAAAUUGAGGUGCCUCGACAACAAAGGUGUAGAGAUCGAGCUCAAUCAAAUAAAGACCAAUCUAAAGAGGGAAGAAUCUGGCAGCUACUCCGACAUCCUCAAGAAUGCAGGACUUCGGAAGGCAUUCGUCAUAUCCCUUAUCCUCAUGGCUCUACAACAACUCUGUGGAAUGAACGCUGUCAAUUACUACCUCCAAACCAUUCUUCAAGAGUCUGGCAGUAAACUGCCUUCAGACAUUUCCUCGCUCAUUGUAGGCUUCGGGAUGUUUCUCUUCAGCUUUUGGUACCUCCAGUAAUGGAUAGAUUAGGAAGAAAGGUACUGCUGGCUUUAUCCUGUACAGGAUGGGUUUGUCCAUGUUUAUCCUGGGCUCCUACUUUUACAUAAAAGAUCACACAAGCUGGAGUGUAGAACCCAUAUACUGGUUGCCACUGCUCAGUCUAGUAUUUUUGAUAUUCUCAUACCAAAUGGGGGUCUCCAUAGUCCCUUGGGCAAUCUCUUCGGAG